AAGCUUGCAAAACUAACCCAUCGGGCAAAUCACUAGCACAAACUGUGACAAGAAAAUGUCUUCAAAAUUGAUCGUUUUGUUAGUUGUUUUCUCCCUCCAAUGCCUCUUGGCAUUGGCUUCAGACCCAGACCCAGUUCAAGAUUUUUGCAUACCCAACCCUAAGUAUGGUGCCAUAAGAACUGCUAGGUUCACUAUCCUCUCAUGCAAAAAUUCCUCUGAAGCAACCACCGAUGAUUUUGUCUUCUCCGGCAUGAAAACCGCUGGCAACUUCUCAGAGACAGGCCUUGCAACCAUUCCUGUGAACCCAGCAAAUUUUCCUGGCCUUAACACGCUAGGCAUGUCAUUUGUCCGGGCUGACCUUAAAGUUGGUGCUAUUAAUCCACCACAUUUUCACCCGAGGGCAACCGAGAUCACUCAUGUGGUGCAAGGAAGUGUUUAUUUAGGUUUUGUUGAUUCUAACAAUAGGGUUUAUGCUAGAGUUCUUGAGCAAGGAGAGGUCAUGGUUUUCCCUAGAGGCCUAGUGCACUUCCAAAUGAACGUUGGUGAUGAGCCUGCUACAGUUUUUGGAAGUUUCAAUAGCCAAAACCCAGGAAACCAAAAGAUCCCAGCUGCCAUUUUCGGUUCUGGGAUAGAUGAUAAGCUCUUGGAAAAGGCUUUUGGAUUGAGUCCUAAGCAAAUUGAAAUGAUGAGAAGAAGGUUUGAUCCCAAAAGGCUUAGUUGAGGUUGAGGGAUAAAACAUAAGGUUAUUUUGGUCAGCUUCCUAAAUUAUGAAAUCAUGUUCUUUCGUCUGUCCUACAUAUGAAAUCAUGGCCUUUUCUUGGAGUCAAUGGUAGUUUAAAAUAUCAACUGUUGUUUGGUUGUUUUAUGUAUAACUCUAUUUUCUAUAAGCUCCUUUUUUCCUGCUA